AUGGAGAACCUGUGCCGCAUUUGCAUGCUAAGUUCUGGAGGAAUGACAAAUAUAUUUGAUGGAGACCCCGGAAUAGUGGACAUUAUUUCCCACUAUACUGGAGUGGAAGUCAAGGAAGGAGAUCCAUUUCCUAAGACCAUAUGUACACUUUGUCUAAAGGUUGCCCGGAAUUUCUUUGAGACCCACGUGAAAGAAGAGUUCAUCGAUGAGGAUUUACUGGAGGAGGAAAUUAUGAUAAUAUCAGAUUGUGACAGUGUAAUAUCACAUUCCACCAAUGGAACCGAAAAGUUCGAUUCCGAAUUGAAAAAAGAAUUAGACCUAGAAAAGGAUUCACAUCAGCGUUUCUCCGUGAAGAAUGAACCCAUAAGGGAAGAAGAUGACUUAUCCGUGGAAGAAGUAAACUCUACAUCAGUUGGCGAAACUGAUCUAUCCGAUUCCAAUGAUUCUAAUGAACAUAAAAGAAAAUUGAUUGAUCUCUCCACACACAAGGAGCACCGCCUAUCUCAACGUGAAAAGUCGUUUUUCCAGUGCUCCCAUUGUCCUGAGAUUUUUUUGGAACAUGACCAUCUUCAGAGUCACGUUCGUUGUCACCAUUUACAAUUCUCGUGCUCCCAAUGCUCAAAAUCCUUUGCUAAGGAAUCCAUUCUGCGUUUACACAUCCUGCUCCACAAGAGGCUAGAGGCUGGUAAUUUACUCAAAAUGUAAAUUAAUAAGAAUUUUCUUUAGCAGUAGUAUUAAUGAACAUUCCGAAGAAUACCAUUGAAAAGAUGACAUUUUUUUAUUGUGAUUAAACUACAACUUAAAACUGAAAUAAA